AUGAAACCCUUUUUGAAGGUUCUCGUGAUUCUGUUCUGCGUCGGCAAGGUAGAAGGCCGCUGGAUGAGGUCUUUGAUUGGCCAAAAGCAGAAACCUGUGUUGCCUUCAGACGAGGACAGAAAAACAACGGAAGAAAUCCAAAGGGAAGCCUCUGCGGAUGAGCCAGACCCGGUCCGGACCCGGCGCUCCACUCCCGACUCCCAGUGCGGCCUCCACUCUGUCUUGCUGCAGGUGCGGGACCUGGGGCUGGGCUACGACUCGGACGAGACGGUCCUGUUCAAGUACUGCGGGGGGUCUUGCCCCCGCGCCCGCUCCAACUACGACCUCACGCUCAGCAACCUGCUGGUCAGCGGGCGGCUUCCGCAGCCGGCCCCCGGAGAGCCGUGGCACAGCGUGCCGUGCUGCAGGCCCACUCACUACGAGGACAUGGCCUUCCUCGACAACUCGCACCGCUGGCACAAGGUGGAGAAACUCUCUGCCGCCGGUUGCGGCUGUGCAGAUUAA